AUGAUCGUUCGGCCCGCUGCCACGAAAAGCGUGGCGAAGGCCGCAAAAACAGCAGCUUGUUCAGUUUCGAGACCUCUUGCGGCCGCCACUAGCAACUCCUCUCUCCAAACCCGCUCCUACGCCACUGUCCAGGAGGGUCAGCCUCAGCAGCGCCGAUAUGGCGGGCUCAAGGACCAAGACAGAAUAUUCACAAACCUCUACGGCCACCAUGGCGCCGACCUCAAGUCGGCCAUGAAGUACGGAGACUGGUACAAGACGAAGGAGAUUAUACUCAAGGGCCACGACUGGCUGAUCAACGAGAUCAAGGCUUCUGGCCUGAGAGGAAGAGGUGGUGCUGGGUUCCCUUCAGGGUUGAAAUUUUCUUUUAUGAACUUCAAAGGCUGGGAAGAGGACAAGCGCCCCCGGUACCUUGUCGUCAACGCCGACGAGGGAGAGCCCGGAACGUGCAAGGACCGCGAGAUCAUGCGAAAAGACCCCCACAAGCUCGUCGAAGGGUGUUUGGUGGUCGGGCGCGCGAUGAACGCUACCGCGGCGUACAUCUACAUCCGAGGCGAAUUCUACCAUGAGGCGACAGUGCUGCAGCGGGCAAUCCAAGAAGCGUACAAGGAGGGACUCAUCGGCAAGAACGCCUGCGGUUCGGGCUACGACUUCGACGUUUACUUGCACCGCGGCAUGGGCGCGUACGUGUGCGGCGAGGAGACGUCGCUGAUUGAGUCGCUGGAGGGCAAGGCCGGGAAGCCCCGCCUGAAGCCACCCUUCCCUGCCGCCGUUGGACUGUUCGGGUGCCCUUCGACCGUGACCAACGUCGAGACGGUCGCCGUGUGCCCUACGAUCGCGCGCCGCGGCGGUAAGUGGUUUGCCGGGUUCGGUCGCGAGCGGAACCAGGGCACCAAGCUCUUUUGUAUCUCGGGACACGUCAACAACCCGUGCACGGUCGAGGAGGAGAUGUCGAUUCCGCUGCGCGAGCUGAUCGAGAAGCACUGCGGCGGCGUCCGCGGCGGCUGGGACAACCUCCAGGCCAUCAUCCCCGGUGGCUCGUCGACGCCGAUUCUGCCCAAGCACAUCUGCGACGACCAGCUGAUGGACUUUGACGCCCUCAAGGACAGCCAGUCCGGUCUGGGCACCGCGGCCGUCAUUGUCAUGGACAAGUCGGCCGACGUCGUCAGGAUGAUUGCUCGACUGAGCCAGUUUUACAGGCACGAGAGUUGUGGACAGUGCACGCCGUGUCGAGAGGGAAGUGCCUGGACGGCCAAGAUGAUGGAACGAUUCGAAAAGGGCCAGGCAAAGGCUAGGGAGAUUGACAUGAUUCAAGAACUGACGAAACAAGUCGAAGGACACAGUAUCUGUGCCCUAGGUGAAGCGUUCGCGUGGCCCAUUCAAGGUCUCAUCAGACACUUCCGACCGCAACUCGAAGCCAAGAUCAAAGACUACGCCGCCACCAACGGCUCCGAACCCCUGGCCGGUGGAUGGGAACCUGAUUCCGCAAAGAAGGGCAUCUUGGUAUCUCCGGGCAUGUAG